AUGAGGACAUUCUAUAAAGCGAUAUCUUUCUUUGAGGAGUUAUACCACCAGUUUAUGUUAGACCUGGAAAAUUCACCUUUGACAAGUCAAUCAUAUCUAAAGAAGUCUAGACAUUUAAACUAUUAUCUUCAAAAUUCUUUUCCAUUCAAAAUAGUACUUGAGAAACUAGCUAGUAUAGAUGAUGAGAAGCUUUAUAUCCGAAUUAAGAUAUACCCUGAACAACAAUACUUCAGCAUCGAGUAUAGUAAAGAGCUCCAAACUUACUAUGAUAACUUUAUUGGUAUCUUUAUUCCUGGUAUUGCACAUUUCUCCGAUAAUAUCAGCAUAACCUACAGUAAAGCUAGUCAACAAGAAUUGGAGAAGUUGGGACUCUAUGUUAGCUCCUUACCACAGCAACUCUUCUCAGUCACAAUUGUCUAAGAGGCAGGAUGGUAUUAGGCCUUGUGCCUUCGCAGCAUGGGGGACUACUUCUAGGUGAAAAAGCAACAGGGAUAUGUUUCCACAAAGAAAGACUAAAUACUGUCAAAAGAUCAUUACUAAAAGUGAAAGCUUCAUUGAAACAUCUUAAAAUUGUCUUCUAAAUGAACCGGAAGUGUGUCACUCUCUUCCUAACGAGCGCAAACGAAUAGGUUUACAUUCAUUGGAACUCGGGAUUUACAUGGGAAUCUUUGACGCUGGCAAAACGACAUCGAAAGUACAAUGUGUUUAUUGAGGGCACAGAAACAACCUGUGUUGAUAUAAAAGGCAUAUCUCCCAUAGUUGUUGAGAUAUGGAAGGGGUGUUAAGUGUGUGGUGUGCUAUAUAAAGGUAUACAUUUGAUAUAAUUC